AUGUCUCAAGAGACACAGAUAAAUACUAUUAUUAAUAAUAUACUAAAAGUUGAUGGGAUAGAAGAAUCCUUCUCUUGUUUUCUAUCUCACAAAAAUGACGCAGAAAAUGAAUCCAUGGCUCAAUACCAAUCUCAAUUGGGCACAAUUUUUUCAUCGUUGUCUCAAGAAAAUUUAGAAGCUGCUAUCAAAUAUUACUUAAAACAAACAGCAACUUUAACUAACCACAGCAAGUUGAAGUGUUUGUUGGGACUCCUUGAAAAAUUAGUUGGGAGCAAUGUUUUACCACCAAGGGUGGUUUGUGAAAGCAUUCUGGCUUGCGAGAAGCUGGUUUACCAAAACCAGGAAUUCUGGAUUGAAUGUUUUAAUUUGAUGCGCAGAAUCAUUGGAGGUGUUGACUAUAAAGGAGUUAGAGAGAUUAUGAAGGGUUGCAGAGAAAAGGCCCAGACACUGCCCCAGGUCUUGAAUUCCAGUUCCGUACCACAAUUGAGAGCCUUGGAAAAUGUGAUUGAAUAUAUUUUUGAUAGAAAUGCUUUGCUUCCUGGUUACUUCAUAGUGACAGAAAUACAAAAGGCUUAUCCUGAUAACAAAAAUUGGCCACAUUGGAAAUUAGCCAAUCUCUUCUCAUCCUUUGUGGAAAGUUUUAGAGCAACUGCCCAAAUGGUGUCAGUCAUUGGACAUUCUCAUAUGUUACCAGUUGUAGAACAUACUGGUUAUGCUGAUCAUCUAAUUAAUCCCUGGAAAUUAGACAGUACCACAUUGAAGUUUUCUUUAAAAGGAAAUUUGCCAUAUGAUGCUGAUUUGUUGAAGCCACAAACUGAAUUGUUGAGAUAUGUUUUGGAGCAACCGUAUUCCAGAGAUAUGGUUUGCUCGAUACUAGGACUUCAAAAACAACAUAAACAAAGAUGUAUAGCCCUGGAAGAGCAACUGGUAGCCUUAGUGGUUUUAGCUAUGGAGCGUUCUGAGCAAGACACUUCUGAUACCAUCUCAUCUCCAAGCAGUUCUUCUCAAUCUGCUUCUGCAUCUGGUGGAACUCCAGGAUCUACCAGUGGAACUACGGCUUCUGGUGCAAGUCAAUCUGAUGAUAACACUUGCACCAGCUCCCAGACUCAUUGGUUGUGGUUGCAUUUAUCUUCUCAGUUGAUUUAUUUUGUGCUGUUUCAGUUUGCCAACUUUUCAAGUGUUGUUACUGCUUUAUAUGACAAGUUGUCCGGAAGAGAUUUGCGCAAAGGCAGAGAUCAUUUAAUGUGGGUACUCUUGCAAUUUAUAUCAGGCAGCAUUCAAAGAAAUCCUUUGACUAAUUUUCUGCCAGUGUUGCGCCUGUAUGACUUACUGUACCCGGAGAAAGAGCCUUUACCAGUACCUGAUUUUAACAAACCACAAUGCACCCAUAGAAUGGCUGCAACUUGCAUCUGGAUACACUUAUCCAAAAAGGCUCAAAGUGAACAUGUUUCUUUGCAUAGACCUUUGCCAAUAACUCUUAAACAUCACCAUGAAUUUCUCCAACAUCUGGUGAUGCCCAACAACACAUCCCUAUGUCUUGGUUCUGACUACCGAAUAGUGCUCCUCUGCAACGCCUAUUCCACAAACCAGGACAACUUUUCCAGACCAAUGGCAGCAUUAGUAGAAACAAUUUUAGGAAACCAGAAGUCCACCAUGGCUCCGAACUUCAGGAACCGGCAGUCGCUGGGAACUCUGGGCAGCAUGCCAAUAGUUCCUUUGUCUAUGAGCAUCCUAGAUUCUUUAACAGUGCUCAAGAUGUCUUUGAUCCAUUCGGUGGUCACUCAUGUCAUCAAGUUGGCACAGACGCAAAACAAAAGUUCUCCAGGACAGAGCAACAUGGCUCCUGCACUUGUUGAAACUUAUUCAAGACUGCUGGUGUACACAGAAAUUGAGAGCUUGGGAAUAAAAGGAUUUAUAAGUCAACUCUUGCCAACAGUCUUCAAAUCUCAUGCUUGUAUCUUGUUUACGUUGUUGGAAAUGUUUUCCUAUCGGAUGCACCAUAUUCAACCACAUUAUAGGGUGCAGUUGUUGUCACAUUUGCAUUCUUUGGCUGCUGUUCCUCAGACCAAUCAGACACAAUUGCAUUUAUGUGUUGAAAGUACUGCUUUGAGGUUGAUCACUGGUUUAGGAAGUCAUGAGGUUCAACCUCAGUUAAGCAGAUUUCUAUCAGAACCCAAAGCUUUGGUCUCUGCAGAAAGUGAAGAGCUCAACAGGGCACUUGUGUUGACAUUGGCCCGGUCAAUGCAUAUUACUGGAACAGGUUCUGAUAACAUCUCUGGUGCCUGGUGCAAAGAACUCCUGAAUACCAUAAUGCAAAACACACCACACUCGUGGGCCAAUCACACUUUACAGUGCUUCCCAAAUGUCCUAAAUGAAUUCUUCACACAGAAUCCUGUUCCAAAAGAGAACAGACAACAGUUGAAGAAGUCAGUUGAUGAGGAGUUCAGAAAUUGGAGUUGUAUGUCCAACGAGAAUGAUAUAAUUGCUCAUUUUAGUGUUGCUGGAACACCACCGUUGUUCCUUUGUCUUCUGUGGAAGAUGAUCCUCGAGACUGAUCGUGUCAGUGUUGUAGCUUAUAAGAUUUUAGAAAGGAUUGGUGCAAGGGCCUUGUCUGCACAUCUCCGUAAAUUCUGUGAUUAUUUUGUGUUUGAAGUGACGACCUCUGCAGGACAACAACAAGUCAACAAAUGUGUGGACACCAUUAAUGAUAUGAUUUGGAAAUAUAAUAUUAUUACAAUUGAUCGGCUUGUCUUGUGCCUAGCUUUAAGGACCCAAGAAGGCAGUGAAGCUCAAGUUUGCUUUUUCAUAAUACAAUUAUUAUUGUUAAAAGCAUCUGAAGUCAGAAAUAGAGUUCAUGAUUUCGUGAGAAAUAGUCCAGAGCAUUGGAAGCAAUCCAAUUGGCAUGAAAAGCAUUUGGCUUUCCACAGAAAAUAUCCAGAAAAGUUUGCCCCCGAAGAAAGUAAUCCUACAGGAGCUUACAGUCCUCUUCCAGUUAUUGGAAAUGUUUGUUUAAGGUUUCUUCCAGUAUUUGAUAUAGUAAUACAUAGAUAUUUGGAAAUAUCUGCAGUUCGAAAAAGUUUGGAAAUACUUUUGGAUCAUUUAGGAUGUUUAUAUAAAUUCCAUGACCGUCCGGUGACAUAUUUAUAUAAUACUUUACAUUAUUAUGAACGAAAAAUCAGGGACAGUCCACCUUUGAAAAGAAGACUGGUUUCUGCAAUUUUGGGGUCCUUGAAAGAUAUAAGGCCUCCAAAUUGGGCUCUUAGUGAAACUUAUCAGGCUUUUAUGUUAAAACCUGAAACUGAAGCAGUUUUAUGGAUUCCUGAUUUAUCUUAUUAUAUUUCCUUAGUUAAAAGGAUGGUUGAAACUAUGUCCGGUACAGUAAAUCACUUCUCAGGAGUGGAUUGGAGAUUCAACGAAUUCCCUAACGCCUCUGCCCAUGCCCUUUAUGCUACUUGUGUCGAAUUGAUGGGGCUCCCAGUGGGUCCUCCCCUGGUUGCAGGCCUUUUGGACGUCCUGGCCAAAGGGUACACAGUGAUACCGCCAACAGAAAUCUACAGUUGGAUAAACUGUGUUGGUUUGAUCCUGUCAUCAUUGCCCGAAUCAUAUUGGAGUGUUUUACAUGAAAGAUUGCUCCAGGUCAUCAAUUCUAAGGAGAUGGUGCAAUGGCCUUACAAACAUUCCCCAUUCCUACUGUACAACUUUGCUCAGUCGUCCCAAUGCGCCUUAGAAUGCGAAUUCAGUUUAGCCCUGGCAAGUGCCCAUGCGGUUUGGCACCAUGCCGGCCCUGGACACAUUGCCCAAGUGCCCAAGUUUAUAAAAGAAAUAAAAGUACGAACCGAGGCCCAGUUAUUGUUUGUGUGCCAUCUGGUGGGUCCAUUUCUGCAAAGGUACAAUUCUGAAAGACCAAGAGCAGUCAUCGAGUUGGCACAGGCACUCUAUGAGCAAUUAGAGCAAGUUGAUAAGACUCAGCAGCAUUUGGAGUUUAUGGAUCCUGUCUGUGAUCUUCUGUAUCACAUCAAAUACAUGUUCGUCGGCGACAUGAUGCGCAGCGAAGUAGAACCAAUAGUCAGAAGACUCCGACCAGCUCUCCAGAUGCGCCUCAGAUUCAUAGCUCAUCUCAACGUCGACGAAAUCUCAUCAUCUUCCACUACCCCCUCGACCAACCCCAGUGGACAGAAUACCCCAGCCGCAAGCACACCAGUCAGCAUCAGCAGUAGUAGCAGCACUAACCAACAGCAACAACAACAGCAGCAGCAGCAGCAGCAGCAGAAUAUGAAUGUCAAUGUGAAUCUGGCUGCAACCAAUGCCAAUCUGAUCGGUGGCAAUGCUGGUGUCGGGCAGAAUGUUGUGUCUGGAGGAACUGGGGCUGGUGGGAAUGUCAAUUUGGGCAACGGUGGAAGUAGUAAUAAUAGUUUGGGGAAUAUUUAG